GCAAGCGUGGUGUGGUGGUGCGCGCUCGCUGGCUCCGGGGCCGGACUGCGGGGAGGGAGAGCGGGUCCGCGGGAGCCGCUCCCCGGCACCGCGCCGGGGCCCUGCGGAGCUGCCGCACCCCCACCCAACCGGGUAUUGUUCGUGGCCCGUCUCCUCCGGAGAAGUUUUGCCCUCGUCCCGGCUCCGCUCCCCGCCAGGGCGGGGCGGGGGGUGGGAGCCGGGGCCCCUUUGUCGCCACCUCUCCGGCGUGCGGCGGCUGGUGGAGGGCUGUCGGAGGGGGGGCGAGGCUCAACAUGAUGGCGGCUGAGGCCGGGAGUGAGGAGGGCGGCUCGGUUAUCUCAGCCGGGACGGCGGGAGCUGCCGCGGAACCGGGACAUUACCCCGCCGUGUGCCGGGGCAAGGGGCCGGGGCCCCAGGGCCCCUUCCCUCCCGGCCCCGGUGGUGGUGGUGGUGGUGGUGGUGGCGGCGGCGGCGGCGGCGGCGGCGGCGGCAGCCCGGGAGCCGGGCCCCCCGGUGGCCCGGCUUUGUGCUCGGUGCUGGGGAUCCUGGACCUGGGCACCGGGCCUGCCGCUCCGACGGGUGGCCCGGGGCAGGCACUGGAGGCGGCCCGGGUGGCCGAUCCCGGCACCGCCACUUUCCCCCUGUUGCCGCCGCCGCUACCGCCGCCAUCCUUAGCUGGGGGGCUGGGGACUGUGGACGAAGGCGACUCUCUGGACGGGCCGGAGUACGAAGAGGAGGAGGUGGCCAUCCCGCUCAACGCUCCCCCCACCAAUCAGUGGUAUCAUGGAAAACUUGACAGAACAAUUGCAGAAGAACGUCUUCGGCAAGCUGGGAAACCUGGAAGUUACCUUAUUCGAGAGAGUGAUCGGAGACCAGGUUCAUUUGUGCUUUCAUUCCUUAGUAAAACAAAUGUCAAUCAUUUUAGGAUUAUUGCCAUGUGUGGAGACUAUUACAUUGGUGGACGUCGUUUUGCUUCACUUUCGGACCUAAUCGGUUAUUACAGUCAUGUGUCCUGUUUGCUGAAAGGGGAAAAGCUCUUAUUUCCAGUAGCACCUCCAGAGCCUGUUGAGGACAGAAGGAGAGUUCGAGCAAUUUUACCUUACACCAAAGUGCCAGAAACUGAUGAAAUAAGUUUCCUUAAAGGAGACAUGUUUAUUGUCCAUAAUGAACUGGAAGAUGGCUGGAUGUGGGUUACAAACCUACGGACAGAUGAGCAAGGUCUUAUUGUGGAAGACCUGGUAGAAGAAGUGGGAAGAGAAGAAGAUCCACAUGAAGGCAAAAUAUGGUACCAUGGGAAGAUCUCCAAACAAGAGGCUUACAAUUUGCUGAUGACAGUUGGUCAGGUGUGCAGUUUUCUUGUGAGGCCUUCAGAUAAUACACCUGGUGAUUAUUCACUUUAUUUUCGGACCAGUGAAAAUAUUCAGCGUUUUAAAAUAUGUCCAACAUCAAACAAUCAGUUUAUGAUGGGGGGCAGAUACUACAAUAGCUUGGCUUCUGAGUGGGUAGAGAUCCAGCAGCUGGUGUGUCUGAGGAAAUGUCGAGGUCUCCUAACUAAGAAGUUCAGUGGACUUUUUCAUAUGACUUCAAAUGGACGAUGGUGUGAGGCUAAACAAUUGGACCCUUAUGAACCUUUGCAUACCCCUCACCCAUGCUGCUUGAAUACCUUCUACAUUAAUCAGUCUGGUCUCCAGACAUCCUCAUUGAAAACCAAACUAGCUGCAGUGUCAUUCUUACAUAAAGGUAAAUGCUCUUUUGCCCAUUCUCUAGCUAAGUGGCUUUUCAGGAGGCUGAUAGCGUAGGAGACCCCACCUGAGGUGAUGUCAAACUAAUUAGUAAAUCAGUGGAACUCUUAUUAGUUUCAAAUGGUUUUGCAGCAUUGAAUAGUAUACCUUCACAGAGUUAUUGCGUAAAGUAAGUUACUACUUUAUAGUGCUUUAUUCACUUGAGGCACGUAUAUAAAUUACAUUUAUCUAAAGAAGAUUCUUUCUAUGGUAUGGAAAACAAGAUUGUAAAGUAGCACUAAGUUAUUAAAAUCUUUUAUAUUUUUAUGUUUUGUUUACAUUUUGUACCUAGUUUGCAGAGAUCUUCCUCAGUGUGAAGCAGAAUCUGCAUAGCUUUAAAAGGCUUCAUUUUUAUUGUGUGUUCUGGAAAAUUACUGCUAUAGUCAUAGGCUCAAAUUCAUUCCAACGUAGUAUAUGCUGCAGCUUGGUAAACUUCCUGGAAGCUCAAACACGUAGUGAAGUAUGCAAGGUAAGGAAUUGUAAGAUAAUAAAGAUUCAGAAUG